UACCUAUUCGAGCAGAAAGCAGUACAAUCGGCAAUGCAAGUUUUUAUGUGGGGAUGAACGAGGAAGAAAUACAUACUAACACCGUUUCAUUCACAUUCUUGGAUAACCCUGUUGUCACGGACAUUUACCCAACGCACGGAUAUCUGAGCGGAGGCACCGUGCUGACAAUUACCGGUGAAAAUCUCAACCAUGCGAAGCUUCCAAUUAUAUUUAUCCGCGGCUACGAGCAGGACUCGGAACAAUGCAUUAACGAUGAUUCCUCGACGAAAGCCUUUUGCAAAGUUCCCGAGGCGCCUAAAGAUCUUAAACAAAAGUUAGAGACCCGGCGUCGACGGCGCGCUACUGCAUGUGUUGGCUGCCAGGAAGUGGAGAUCGUUGUGAAACUGGAUGGUGUUGAGAGAAGUUUUACAUUGAAGUACUACCACGAUCCGUCAUUGUCGAAAUUCAACAACGGAAUGAAGCUGUUUAAUGAGGACCAGCAUUUUUUGACGGUAGAGGGAGACAACCUGACACUUCUGGCAACUUCAGAUGUACAAAUCACUAUCGGAAUAGAAGAAUGCCGCGUUGUGGAAGUAUCCAAUACAUUUAUGAGAUGCGCAGCACCAAGAAAACAACCAAAACCAGGAAUAUCCGGUGCAGAGAUACCUGAAGUUAACGUCACCAUCGGAAACAUCAGGGCAACAUUGGGCUAUCUGAAGUAUGAGGUCGCUGUCAAGCAAGUCGCACUUAUUGUAGGUGCAUCCGUGGGAGCUGCUGUACUAGUAAUUAUUAUAGUGAUCGUCGCUGUUUGCGUCGCAACUCGAAAAAGGAGAGCUAACACUAAAGCAAAAAGUAUUCUUGUCAACAAGAUGAAGAAGGAACUAAAGGAUGUGGAAUUAGAAGACAAAAUACGGGCACAGCCAGAGGAAGACCAACCAAGAAUGAAAAUCGAACAUGAGAACGAUUCUUUAAAGUAGAUCCUCAAAUGUCCAUGCACGUGUACGUUUUAUGCAUUCUUCUAAUGUCCGCAGUUUAGCAUUAUAUAAUUAAUUUGAUUGAUGUAAUUUUGUUUGUGAAUGCCAAAGAUAGUGUGUUAUUGUAUGUGUUGUAUAUUAUUCCACGUGGACACUUUAUUUGAUGUUAUU